AUGCCGGUGAUUGACGACGGCUUCGAAGCACUGCUCGAGCCCUUCUACAACGGCAAGAGCCUCACGGAUCCGAUCUCGACCAAGGAGGAUAAAUACCAGCUUCUGCCAGCCUUCCUCAAGGUCAAGGGUCUGGUCAAGCAGCACAUUGAUUCGUACAACUUCUUCGUCGAACAUGAGAUCAAGGAGAUCGUCCGAGCAAACCGGACUAUUCGAAGCGAUGUCAAGAGCGACUUCUAUCUCGAGUUCACGGAUAUCCGCGUUGGUCAACCCACCCGCGCCGAUACCAGCGAGAUCAAAGCUCUAAGCGAUGUGACUCCCAUGGAAUGUCGCCUGCGAGACAUGACAUAUGGCGCGCCAAUGAUUGUCGAUAUCGCCUUCACAAGGGACAAGCAGAGGGUCAUCAGGAGGGACAUAUCGAUUGGCAGGAUCCCGGUCAUGCUCAAGAGCUCCAAGUGCCGCCUCAGCGGCGCAACCAACGCGCAGAUGGAGAUCAUGAAUGAAUGCCCUCUGGACCCUGGUGGCUACUUCAUCAUCAAUGGCACGGAGAAGGUCAUCCUGAUUCAGGAACAGCUCAGCAAGAACCGUGUCAUUGUGGAGGCAGACGAGAAGAACAACAUCAUCUCGGCAUCUGUGACUAGUUCUACCCACGAGAGAAAGUCUAAGACCUAUGUGACUCUGAAGAGGGAACGUAUCACGCUCCAACACAACAUCCUCGUUGAGAACAUCCCCAUCGUCAUCAUUCUGAAAGCGCUUGGCGGUCUCUCUGACUACGAGAUCAUGCAAAUGGUUGCUGGUUCGGAUGGCCGCUACAUGGAUGAUUUUGCCGUCAACUUUGAUGACGCCACCAGGGCUGGCGUCUUCACUCAACACCAGGCUCUGGAGUACAUCGGUACCCGAGUGAAGAUGGGUUCCAAGAACAGACCGCAGGCUGGUCCCAUGCCGCGUCGAAAUAAUGUCGAGGAAGGUCUGGAUGCGCUGGCAAACAUUAUCAUUGCCCACGUUCCUAUCGAAAAUCUCGACUUCUACCCGAAAGCUGUCUACGUAGCGAUGAUGGUGCGUCGCGUUUUGAUGGCUGCUCAUGACCCAAAGCUAGUUGAUGAUAGAGACUUCGUCGGAAAUAAGCGACUUGAGUUGGCUGGGCAACUUCUGUCACUUCUUUUCGAAGACUUGUUCAAGAAGUUUUUGGUCGACAUGAGGUUCCAUAUCGACAAGUUCUUCAGGAAGCCUCAUCAGUCGGUGGCGUUCGACCCGAUGACCACGAUCAGCGCCAGCGGUGGUCAUAUCUCUGCAGGUAUGAACAGGGCCAUCCAGACGGGCAACUGGAGCGUCAAGCGCUUCAAUAUGAAUCGCGCUGGCGUGACUCACGUUCUCAGUCGGCUCAGUUAUAUCAGCGCUCUCGGCAUGAUGACGCGCAUCAGUAGUCAGUUCGAAAAGACCAGAAAGGUCAGUGGACCGAGAGCUCUCCAGCCUUCGCAAUGGGGCAUGCUGUGCCCCUCAGAUACGCCGGAAGGAGAAGCUUGUGGCUUGGUCAAGAACUUGGCUUUGAUGACGCACAUUACGACCCAUGUUGAGGAAGGCCCUGUGAAGAAAUGGGUCUUCACGCUUGAUACUGGCGUUGAGCCCCUGAGAAAUUUCUCGGGGGCAGAGAUGCAUCGACCCGGCGCCUACAUUAUCCAUAUCAACGGCACUCCAUUUGCCUUGACUCAGAAUCCUAAGAGGUUUGCAGCGCGUUUCAGAACGAUGCGCCGCCGUGGUUGGAUCUCUCCAUUCGUCAGUAUCAACAUCAACAACCAUUUCUCUGCUGUCCACAUCGCGACAGACGAGGGCCGUAUCUGCCGGCCGUAUAUCAUCGUCAAGAACGGCACACCGCGACUGAAUGCAGAGCACCUACGGCUCCUCCAGCUCGGUAAAGCUACGUUUGACGAUUUCCUCAACCGUGGUGUUAUUGAGUAUCUCGACGUCAACGAGGAGAAUGAUGCUCUCGUGGCUCUAUACGAGGACGACUGCACACCAGCAACGACACACCUCGAGAUCGAGCCUUUCACGAUUCUAGGUGCCGUUGCUGGUCUGAUUCCCUUCCCCCACCAUAAUCAGUCACCCCGUAACACCUACCAGUGUGCCAUGGGUAAGCAAGCGAUCGGCGCAAUUGCAUACAAUCAGUUCAAUCGCAUCGACACCCUCCUGUACACCCUCGUCUAUCCCCAGCGGCCAAUGGUCAUCACCAAGACUAUUGAGCUCAUCCACUACGAUAAACUCCCUGCCGGGCAGAACGCCACCGUCGUCGUCAUGUCCUAUUCUGGAUACGAUAUUGAGGAUGCUCUCGUUCUCAACAAAGCAUCGUGCGAUCGCGGCUUUGGUCGCUGCCAGGUAUUCCGCAAGCACAGUGUGGAAAUGCAGAGGUAUCCCAACGGCCGCACUGAACGUAUGGGUGGCCCUGAGAUCGACGAGCAGACUGGGCAGAUCUGUGCAAAACACGAGGCCAUUGACGGACAUGGCGUCGCUGUUGUCGGUUACAAGAUUAGCGCGGGUGAGGUCAUGAUCAAGAAGGAAACGCCCAUGGAUCUUGCUUCGACCGGUAUUGGGGCUGAUCGCGGAUCGGACGAAUAUCGCGAUACAUCUGUGACAUACCGUGCGCCGGACCCAAGUUAUAUUGACAAGGUCAUGAUAUCACAAACGGAGAAGGACAACCUCGUCGUCAAGGUACAGACCAGACAGACAAGACGCCCGGAAUUGGGAGACAAGUUCUCGUCUCGCCAUGGUCAAAAAGGUGUUGUGGGAAUCAUUGUCGAUCAAGAGGACAUGCCUUUCGCAGACAGUGGUCUGGUUCCCGAUAUUAUCAUGAACCCCCAUGGUUUCCCCUCUCGUAUGACCGUGGGCAAGUUGUUUGAAUGUCUCACUGGAAAGGCGAGUGUCGUUACUGGGAAAAAGCAAUACGGAUAUGGAGACGCUUUUCGAUCCCAUCCGGUUGAGGCCAUGGGCGACGAGCUGAUUGCCCGUGGAUUCUCAUGGGAGGGCAAAGAUUACUUCACGUCUGGCAUCACUGGCGAGCCUCUUGAGGCCUACAUCUUCAACGGUCCCAUCUACUACCAGCGCCUCAAGCACAUGGUUCAGGACAAGAUGCAUUCCCGAUCCACGGGCCCGCGCGCCAUCCUUACCCGCCAGCCCACUGAGGGUCGAUCACGAGACGGUGGCUUGCGUCUGGGAGAGAUGGAGCGCGAUUGUCUCAUCGCGUACGGAGCCUCGCAGUUGUUGUUGGAGCGUCUCAUGACGAGCUCGGACGCGACAAAGAUAGACAUCUGCCAGCGCUGUGGUCUCUUUGGCUACAAGGGUUUCUGCCAGACUUGCAAGAGCACAAGGGAAGUCACAGAGAUGACGAUGCCCUACGCCGCGAAGCUGCUGAUCCAGGAGCUGAUCAGUAUGAACGUUGGCGUGCGCCUGCAGAUCGAGGAUGAGUUCCCUCACCCGACUUAA